UGGGUGUACACCUGGAGUUUUAAGUUUCAUUUAAGGCCUUAAUGGAAGACGCAUGAAUUACAAGUCAGUUACAGCGACAACAUAUUAUCGCAUGUAGCGAUUUUUAGGAUUUAAAUGAACUUUUUAGACAAAUAUAGUUAAACUUCAAAACUAAUCAGACGACAAUCAAACGUUUGAUACAAAAUCGUGGACAAAUACAAAUACUCUAACCACUGGGAAAAUGAUCUGAAUUAUAUCCCGAUUAAAUUAAAUAUGUGAGAAAACACGUCUAUUGUUUCUGUCUGGUACGUCAUCAUUCAGCGCCCAUUGAGCGGGACUGUCGCGGCGCUUGAAACAUCUACAUCUGUAGCGGCAGUAAAAGUCUACUUUACACCAUAAUUCCCCUCUUUGGAGUGAACUGAAAUGAUCGAUAUGAUCGAGAAGGAGGACCCGGUCAUCAGCGAGGAGGAGGCGGCACAGUACGACCGCCAGAUCCGGUUGUGGGGUCUAGAUGCCCAGAAGAGGUUGCGAGGGUCCCGUGUGCUCCUGGCAGGUUUAGGAGGUCUUGGGGCAGAAGUGGCCAAGAACUUGAUCCUGGCUGGGGUCAAAGCGCUCACUUUGCUGGAUCAUGAGCAGGUGUCGGAGGAGUCGUGUCGAGCACAGUUCCUGGUUCCGGUGACGGCUCAGGGUCAGAAUCGGGCCCAGGCCUCUCUGGAGCGAGCACAGAACCUCAACCCAAUGGUGGAGGUCCAUGCUGACUCAGACAGGGUCGAAGACAAAGCAGAUGACUUCUUUCUGCAAUUCGAUGCGGUGUGUCUGACAGGCUGCUCCCGAGACCUGAUGGUGCGGGUCGACCAGCUCUGCUCUCAGCACAACAUCAAAGUCUUCUGUGGGGACGUCUUCGGUUACUAUGGUUACAUGUUCUGCAACCUGGGACAGGAGCACAACUACGUGGAGGAAAAGCCAAAAAUGGUGAAACCAUCUGAAAAUUCUAACGACGGUCCAGAGGCAAAGAAGGCAAAAGUCGACCCCAACGAGACCACCAUGGUGAAAAAGACGGCCAGUUUCUGCCCUCUGAAGGAGGCUCUGGAGGUGGACUGGACCAGUGAGAAGGCCAAAGCUUGUCUGAAGCGAACUCCAGUGGACUACUUCCUGCUUCACGUAAUGUUGAAGUUUCGCACUGAUAAAGGCCGCGACCCCGACCCACAAUCCUUUGCUGAAGACAGCCAGCUCCUGACGCAGAUCCGCGAUGACGUGUUCGGGGCCUUGGAAGUGAGCACUGACCUCCUGAGCGAUGACUUCAGCAGCUACUGCUUCUCUGAGAUGUCUCCGGUGUGUGCUGUCGUGGGAGGAGUCCUGGGACAGGAAGUUGUCAAGGCUCUCUCCCAGAGAGACGCUCCACACCGAAACUUCUUCUUCUUCGAUGGUCAUAAGGGCAACGGCGUGGUCGACUACUUCGGGCCAAAGUGAAGCCGCCACACACGUGCACGGGAGCUUCUGUCUGUUCGUCGGUUUGUUGCCACAGAGUGUUUGUCCGGUCGUAAACGAAUGAAUCUGUUGCUCCGUUUUUUGGCAUUUGAUCUGAAGUACACGGUUAGACUUUUUUUGUUGUGUUCUGUUUUUACAUUUCCUAAUAAAACAUUGUUGAGUAAAAGGA